AUGCCUCUCGAGUUCAUUUCCAUGACCUUUCCCAAUGCCUCUACGGAGCUGGAACCCAUCCCCGGCGCCCCGGCCGACCCAGACUUCAUCAAGCGCUACGCACGCGGCCUGGACGACUAUGACUUCAACUAUACCCUCAUCCCCUACGACUCGGGCGGUUUCGACCCCUUCACCAUCGGCGCGACCAUCCUGUCGGCCACAGAAAAGGUCAGCGUCGUGAUCGCCCUCCGACCCAACACCAUGUACCCCACCGUCGCGGCCAAGAUGCUCGCCACACUCAACCACCUGGGGCAAGGCCGCGUGGUGGUGCACUUCAUCGCAGGCGGCAGCGAUGUGGAGCAAGGGCGCGAGGGCGACACCCUCGACAAGGACUCGCGGUACGGCCGGCUCGAGGAGUACAUCAAGAUCCUGCGGCGCGCAUGGUCGUCCAGCGAGCCCUUUGACUGGGACGGAAAAUACUACCAGUUCAAGGAUUUCGCCAACCGCGUCCAGCCCAUCGGCGGGCCCAAGGCCAUCCAGGUGUCUGUCGGUGGCUCCUCGCCCGAGGCGUACCGCAUCGGCGGAUCCCUGGGCGACAUCUUUGGUCUCUGGGGCGAGCCGCUCAAGGACACCAAGGAGCAGAUCGACAGGAUCUACGCCGAGGCCGACAAGGCUGGGCGCGCGCCGGAUGACAGGCCGCGCAUCUGGGUCACCUUCCGGCCGAUUGUUGCCGAGACGGACGAUCUCGCGUGGGCCAAGGCCUACCGCAUCCUCGACGUGCUCAAGGAGAACCGCGCCAAGGGCCAGGGCAAGGUGCCGGCCAACGCCCCUGCGCCGCAGAACGUGGGCUCGCAGCGCCUGCUGAACAUUGCCUCGCGCGGCGACGUGCAGGACCGCUGUCUGUGGUACCCUACAGUGACGGCCACCAACGCGCGUGGCGCGUCGACGGCGCUGGUCGGGUCGUAUGAGACCGUGGCUGAGUCUCUGCUGGACUAUGCGAAGCUUGGUGCCGAUCUGAUCUCGAUCCGUGGCUAUGACAACAUCAACGACAGCAUCGACUACGGCCGGUAUAUCCUUCCCAAGGUUCGGGCGGGCCUGAAGACGCUGAACGGGACAGAUGGUGCCAAAGCAGAGAAGGGUGCCGACGGCGCACCUGCAGCAUCUGUGGCAGCAGAGGGGGUGUAA